AACACAUGGGAAAUGAAUUUGUAUAAACGUUUGUAAUCAGCGGCUUUCUCAAAAAACUGCUCCACGUUGUCGGCUGUCUUAUUAUUAGUCACGUGACAAUAUACAAAAUAAAGUUCUAUCGAAUAAUUCGUGCGCCAUUUAUUUUCGCAUCAAUUUAGGAACAUAAGACAUCUGUACGUACGAAAGCGAAAAUAGUCGAAUUUAAAUGAAUCUCGCAUUGUAAUAAUACGUUGUCAAGUGACGUUAGAUGCGGCGGAUAAUUUCACGCAAUUUCAUUUUGAAUGGGAACAUCUCCCCUUGAGGAUAAAUUAAAAUGAAAAUUAACUGAUAUUUUCGCCGCCGUUACGACCGACGAAGGACAAAUUGUAACUGACGUUGAAUCGUACACCGUAUCCAAACGGAAAUCACGAUUAUGUGUACCGAAAGUGAUCAAGCCGCGAACAAUCGUGCAUCCUGCUUUUUGAAUAUGAACGAUUCACAGAAUCAGAACAGUUUCGAUUUUGUACCAAAGUCUGAUUAUAAUGAGAAGUGGCAUCUGGAAAAUAAAUGUCUUUUUCAUAAUCAACAAUACCUCGAAGGGGACAAAUAUGGAACGAAGAAAUUAUGCACGGAGUGUCCAAUGCCGUGUGAUCUUUGUUCGCAUUUCAAAGAAAAAUUCAAGUCGAAAACAGAUGGAAACAAUUUAAAUCAGAAAUCAGGCGAUUGGAAAUGCGACGAAGAGCUUGGAAAGAAAUCUUUGAAAUGUAUCGUACAGGAUCCACCGAUUACCGAAUGGAAAUGGAAAAAUCCUUACAGUGUUUCUGAUUUUGAUCGAUCGAAACGUUGGUGUCGACGUAGUUUUACUUCAGGGGAUGACUUUACAACGAAUUUGUUACGCGAUCUGCAUAACAAAGAUUCCCUAAAAGAUCGUACGAAGAACAAUUUCUUGUAUAAUUUCCGCGAAUACUUGGUCAGAUAUCAGGAAUCUUGUGGCGUACCACGAACAGAAUAUUCUUUUUGGGCUCUUAUCAAUACGAUGGGUCAAGCAACAGGUCGAUCUUUUCUUGCAUUGUUGUAUGUCAUACUGAACAUUAUACCUGUUGUCGAGGUAUUCCUAUACUUAUUGCGAUUCGUUCUGGACAAAGUGAUUAGCAUAAGCAACAGCAAAGAUUUCCGGCAGACGGUGACUCGAUGUUUAAUAUUCACGACAGAAUUAUUCAGUGUUUAUGUAUGUCUAAUAUUUAUAUUCGGUUUUAUUGUCUUACCGAUUGUACACAUGGUAAUUGAUAUAGCAGCAAAGAUCAUGCUAUACAAUUAAAAGUGAUAACAGUCAUUUAGUCCUAAUUGAAUGAUACUAGAAAUAAUAUGGUUAUUACGUGAAUUUGUCAUAUAAUUAUUGAGAAUCGUUUAAAAACUUGCGCACAAUUAAAAAAUUCCUGAAAAUGCACGUAUCCAGCUUACCUUGCCAAUACAAAGAUUCGUAUUAUUUUAUAAUUAAAUCGAUGUUUCUAUUUUCUGGACUAGAAAAUUUUAAUUUAUCGUUACGAAGUCUUCCAAAAUUGUUUAAAUUCUCCCCCAAUCUUUCUUCAAUUAUCUGAUCAGAUAAUUCUACUUUCUCUAUAAUAUUUUUAAGGAUGCAAUGCCACAAACAAUAAUAAAAAUGUAUACCAUACUAUACAGUGCGAUUUUAUUAAAAAAAGAAACGUGUCGACAGCACA